AUGAAAUUCUUCGUUGUUAUCGCGCUUUUGGUAGCUUCGGCUUCCGCCAGUAACUACCGUUUUACUCCUGAACAAUUGGAUCGCAUUAGUCGAAUUGUAGGAGGGGAAAAUGCUGCUCCAGGAGCUGCUCCGUACCAAGUCUCCUUGCAAGUUGGAUCGAGUCACAAUUGCGGAGGAGCUAUCAUCCAUAGAGAUUGGGUUUUAACAGCUGCUCAUUGCAUCAAGGGAUAUUCGCCAAGUAGCUUAAGAGUCUACUAUGGAUCCCAAAACUUGAAGGCUAAUGGAUCUUAUGUGAAUACCGAGAAAUUGAUCUAUCACGAACGUUAUGACAAUCCCUCGUUCCACAAUGACAUCGGGCUUAUCAAGUUGGCUCAAAGCUUGAACUUUACCAACUCUGUUCAACCAAUUGAAUAUUCCUCGGAGUAUGUUCCAGAUAAUGCUGAGCCUAUUGUUUUGACUGGAUGGGGACGUCUUUCUGCUGGCGGAGCUAUUCCCGAUCAACUUCAAACCAUCAACUUGGUCCAUGUUGACUAUGAACGCUGCAAAGCCUUGCAUGGAGGUUCAGCCUCUGUCGAUGUCGGUCACUUGUGUACCUUCACAAAGGUUGGAGAAGGCGCUUGCAAUGGAGAUUCCGGCGGUCCAUUGACCUACCGAAACAAAUUGGUUGCUCUCGUCAAUUGGGGCGUUCCAUGUGGUCGAGGAUAUCCCGAUGCCCAUGCUCGGGUCUCCUACUACCACGAUUGGAUUCGCACGACAAUGGCAAAGAAUUAAAUUGACUGAUAAUAAAUUUGACUUGUAACCAUUGAAAAAAUAAAGUCUUUA